CGGCCCGAUUCCCAGCCGCGGCACCCUCCCGCGUCAGACCCACUGUGGUCCUCUAGUAAAUCUGCAGUUUCCAAAAUCCCACUUCCUGGCGGCACCAAAUCCUGCAACCCCACAACACACAGCCUCCGGCUCCUACUUCCGCCGGAAGUAGGCCUUGCGGGGGGGGGGGCGCUGCGAUGACGUCACCUGUUUGCCGGAAGUCUCCUUAGGGCGCCGGCUUGGUCCCGGCUUCGUGGUGGAGGCUGGGGGUAAGUCAGAUCCGACCUCCUGAAGGAACCACGGCUCCUGCAGUUUUGGAUGCUGCCUGUUGUACCAGGGGCACACCACUGCGGAAGCGGAUCUGCCACCUUAAUUCUCCGUGGAUGUUUGGAAAGAGGAAUGCCGGAGCCACCAGCUGAUAAAGCAUACAACCAACAGAAAUAUGUAGGCAGGAGACGUUGAAUUACUUCAUGAGUGCGAAUUGCUGCUUUUCGGUUCUUGAACAGUUUCUGGUUUGAUUAUCUCAAGUUUCAAUCCCGGUCCAGAAUCCUGUCUGCUAAGAGCCAAAGUAACCACUUCCAGUUUCUUAACACAGGUCCAUAUAUUGUUUCCUGUGUGUGAUCCCUGAGAGUUGUGACCACUGACCUGAAGGGGUGCUUUAUAGAACAUGAUGCCUGGUGCUGGGUAUAGGCCCCCUGACUUCCUCCAGGAGCUACCUAUUUGGAUGAUGUUGUCAUCAGAUUUUGGGGAGUAUUUUCUGUAUCAGUAUCUGUAUGAAUAUUUAAGGAAGUAAAAGAAAGAUUUGUUAUUAUGGGAAAGGAAGGUGUACCCACAUUUUUCUUCACUUUAUCUUGGAAUUUGCAGGCAGGAAAUGCCCCAAAGGCAGGCCACAGUGUUCCUCUUGAAAAAGAGAGCUCAGGAUGAUCUAAGAGGCCCCACUGAAAGUAGUAGGGCUCUGUGGCAUGUGCCCGAGGGCAGGGAAUUCUGUUUUGAGAACUGGAGUUGAUGUCUGAGAAUGUGUACCAUAGUGUAAAUCCCUCAGUAGUAGCUAGUCAUACUCUUUCUGUUCCUUUACAGCCACCAUGAUGGACUUCCUGAUUCUCUUCUUGUUCUACUUGGUGUUCAUGCUGGUUAGUGUUGUUAUGGUCUGCAUUUGCUCCAAAACCAACCGUUUGAAAGGUCUGGUCCAGGGAGGAGCACAGAUAUGUUCCUGUAUAAUUCCAGAAUGCAUUCAGAGAGCCGUGAGAAAAUUGCUUCAUUACCUCUUCCAUACACGCUACAGGAAGCUCCUGUGGUUUUCAGCAUGGGAAGGAUGCUGGGUUCAGAGCCUCUCUACUCAUGGCAACCAUGCCUUCAUUAUCCUGCACCUGGUCUUGCAAGGGACAGUUUAUACUGAAUAUACCUGGGAAAUAUUUGGCUACUGUCAAGAGCUGGAAUUCUCUCUGUAUUACCUUCUUCUGCCGUAUUUGUUGCUAAUCAUAUGCCUGAUUUUCUUCACCCUAACUUGUUUAACCAAUCCUGGCACUAUAACAAAAGAAAAUGAAUUAUUAUUUCUUCAAGUUUAUGAAUUUGAUGAAGUUAUGUUUCCAAAGAAUGCAAGGUGUUCUACUUGUGACUUAAGGAAACCAGCUCGAUCCAAGCACUGCAGUGUGUGUAAUUGGUGUGUGCACCGUUUUGACCAUCACUGUGUUUGGGUGAACACCUGCAUCGGGGCCUGGAAUACCAGGUACUUCCUCAUCUACCUUUUGACGUUGACUGCGUCAGCUGCCGUCAUGGCCAUUAUAAGCACCAUGUUUCUGGUCCGCCUGGUGACAAUGUCAGACCUCUACCAGGAAACUUACAUCGAUGACCUUGGACAUUCCCAGGCUGUGGACACAGCCUUUCUUAUUCAGUACCUGUUCCUGACAUUUCCAAGGAUUGUCUUCUUGCUCGGCUUUGUUAUGGUGCUGAGCUUCCUCCUGGGGGGCUACCUGUGCUUUGCUCUGUACCUGGCAGCCACCAACCAGACCACAAAUGAGUGGUACAAAGGUGACUGGGCCUGGUGCCAACUCUGUCCUGUGGUGGUCCGGCCCCCAUCAGCAGAGCCUCAAAUCUACCAGAACAUUCAUUCCCACGGGCUUUGGAGCAACCUCCGAGAAAUCUUUCUACCUGCUGUUCCAUAUUAUGAGAGGAAGAAGAAAUAAGAAUGGAAAGAGUACUCCUGCCUUUUAGAUGUACACACCUUUAUUUAUACAUAUGGAUACUUAUUUUCUCAGCA